UUAUGGUUUGAUCUGAACACAACGCAGCGAAAAGUUUUUCAGAAAUUUGGGAGAUUAUUGCGUUUUCCCAGUCCAGAAACGUCCUGGAACGGUAAUGUCCACCGGUGAGAACUCCCUGGAAGAAAAAUUACGAUCAUUUCGACUCGCUAGGGAGCGGGAUCAAUCAACCUCAGCUAUUGUCCAGCACGAAGCUGAGGAAGAACGGAUGGACAGCCGCCAUCCUUACGGUGGUUAUGGAGGCGGUGAGCCGGGUCGAAGGAACGAUCGGCCCAAAAAUCUACGGGGCAAAGAUAUCGGAAUGUUCUAUGCGAAUCGGCGUGGUCGAGGUCGUGGCCGAGGGAAUAACUUUAGCCAAGGGGAUCAUGGUGGUGAGGGUGGCCCGUGGAGAGGAGGGCGGAAUCUACAACGUCGCAAAAAUCGGGAACGAAUGGCCUAUGAAAACGGGGACGGUGGCCGAGAUGCAGCACGAUUCCGUCAAGCAGGGGACAGCCGAGACGACGAUGUAAUUACGGGUGGAGAAAUAGAAAGACCACCACCUGGAUUGAAGGGUAGAGCGCUAGGAUUAUUUUACAGGGAUCGACAGACUAAACGAAAGAAAGAGGCCGAAAAACGGAAGGCAGUCGAUAUUACAAUUCCACAAUGGCAAAUUGAUGAAAUACGAAGGCAUUUGAAUCUGGAAAAAGGUCAAGAGAAAGUAGAUUUUUUCAAGCACUUUGUUGAAAAUAAUGAAAUCGAUUCGGUGUUCAAGAAUGAAUAUUUGAGAGUCAUUGAAAAAUCGCUAUGUCAAGUUAUAGCCGAACAAACUGCGCAUGAAGAUGGGAAUACGACUAUUGAUGAACCAAUUUGGAAGGAAACACGAAACGAACAGUUGUAUGAGGAAUAUAUGGACAAUGACAAUGUCAACGAGCUGACAAAAUUCCGAGAACGGUUGCCGGCAUUCAAUUCUCGGAGGGAAAUUUUAGAAAUGAUUGAUAAGAAUCAAGUUAUUCUCGUGAAAGGAGAAACUGGAAGUGGGAAAACCACACAAAUUCCACAAUAUAUCUUAGAGCAAGCAACUGCGGCCAAGAAAGGCGUAGAUUGUAGAAUUAUUUGUACUCAACCGAGGAGAAUUUCGGCAAUAACACUCGCUGAACGUGUGGCAGCCGAAAGAGGCGAGUCUCUUGGACGAUCUGUCGGCUAUCAAAUUCGUUUGGACUCCAAAAGACCACGUGAUGAUGGAGCUUCCAUAAUGUUCUGUACCACGGGAAUCGUUUUGACCAUUCUGCAGAGCGAUCCAUGUCUGAAAGGUUACUCCCAUUUAAUCUUGGAUGAAAUUCACGAAAGAGAUGUCAUUACAGAUCUUUUACUGGCGAUUGUGAAACUCAUUCUACCUUACCGAAAAGAUUUGAAGGUGAUACUAAUGAGUGCAACUCUAACGGCUGGUACGUUUUCGAAAUACUUUUUCGAUUGCCCAACUGUAGAAAUUCCUGGAAUAACCUUCCCUGUUGAGGAAAUCUACUUGGAGGAUAUAAUCCGAGAACUUAACUUUCACGAGUUUACUGAUCAGUCGAGAAGAUGCUAUCUUAACAGUCGACAAGCUUUAACAUUCUUCGAUUUUAUUGAUCGUUAUGUAGCCAGUCUGCGGGGCCAGUAUCCUCCACGUGUACUUCAAACCAUCAGCAAUCCUCAGAGUGAGCUGUCUCAAAAUGAUCUCAUCGUAGCACUGAUACAUCACAUAACAGUUUCAAAGCCAGAAGGUGCGAUUCUAGUGUUCCUACCAAGCUUGGCGCAAAUUUCCGACGUACACAAACUUUUAACCGCUGAUCGACAGCUAUCUCAAGAAAGCACACUCAUCUACCCGCUGCACUCAAAAGUUCCUCAGCUUGAUCAGAAGGCAGUGUUCAGUCGCCCAGCCCGAGGAGUACGGAAAAUCAUUCUCGCUACCAACAUUGCCGAAACAUCGAUAACCAUAGACGAUGUGGUUUACGUGAUAAACGCCGGUCGUCAUAAAAUCAACAUGUACGAGGAUGGCGUUUCGACGUUACGUGACGAAUGGAUUUCCAUAUCGAACGAGAUUCAGAGGAAAGGUCGUGCUGGUCGUGUGCAACCGGGCAUUUGCUAUCAUUUGUAUACCCGAGCACGACGAAACGUUCUACAGCCCAACACUCCACCGGAAGUGCUUCGGGUUGCACUCGAAGAAGUUAUCCUCAACAUCAAAAUCCUGGGUCUUGGUGAUGCGCGACGUUUCAUGGAACGUUUGAUCGACUGUCCAGAUGAAGAUGUCAUACAGAAGUCGCUCACAUUUCUGAAUCAGAUAAAUGCGCUGGACAACAAUGAAACGCUGACCCCGUUAGGGUAUCAUUUGGCUCGGCUUCCCAUGGACCCGAGGACCGGCAAAAUGGUUCUGUUGUCCAGCAUUUUCAGUUGCACUGAUCCGAUAAGUUCGAUCGCUGCCAGUUUGUCCUUCAAGGACGCAUUCUACAAACCCUUUGGCAAAGAGCUACAGGUGCAUGCCGCUAAGAAAAGAUUCGCCGGCAGAUAUCAUAGCGACCACAUGAUGAUGGCUAACGUGAUAAGUCAGUGGAGGACUUUACAGUACAAAGACGCGCAGAGCUUUGCCUAUAGAAAUUUCCUCAACCUCGCUACGUUGAACCAGUUGUACAGCAUGAAGGGUCAGUUUUGUGAGUACCUACAUUCAGCUAAGUUCCUUGAAACUGCACAGAUCGAGGCCAAAGAAAACAAUCGUAACUCGACGAAUGACAAACUGGUUACGGCAAUCAUUGGAGCAGGACUUUAUCCUAAUGUAGCAUUUGUAAGGAAAGUUAUUCGAAAGCGAAAUUCCCCGGAUGGUCGUUCCAUUCUGGCUAUUUCCGGUUUGGGUAGGGCAACAAUCCAUCCAUCUUCGGUGAACGGAACGCUUGCAGAUUUCGAAUCUAAUUUUGUAGUGUAUUAUGAUAAGCAAAAAAUUUCUUCUCUAACCAUUUUUGACACCACCGUUGUCAAUCCGUUUCCACUGUUCUUUUUCGGGGACAACCACGUGGAAACCGAAGGUGAUUACGAGUUGAUUUCCAUAGCCGGGCAUUACUGUCUGAAAUGUAACAAGGAAACCUACCGACUGAUACAGGACCUCCGGGAAGGAUUCAAUUUGUUUUUGCAGAAGAAAAUUUGUCAACCAUCCCCGGUAGAUUGGAACGGCGAGGAAGGAAAGCUGUUGAGAGCAAUAAUCCAGCUGAUUACGAUUGACGGAAUGUACGAAGAUGGGUUCGACGAUGAUGACAACGCCCGGGAAGGGUUUGAUGAAGAUUUCGAUGAACCGGGUUCCUACAACAGGGGUGGUCCGAACUCCAGAAGCUAUAAUCCCGAGGAGAUUCAACUAUUUGACGAAGACGAAGGGUUCGAUUAUUUCAAUAAUGAUGAUCUACCGACAGCAUCCACCAGUAGCAGCAGCGGCGGCGGGGCUGGAUCCUCACGUGCUGGCACCAGUUGGCGAUGAUAAGAUGUUGUUGGUUUUUGGUUGAUAUUUUUUUAUUGUUUAAUUCUUGAAUGCGAUAUCAGUUAGGUGGUAAAAAUCUAAAGUAUUCCAAUAAGUUAAUUUUUCAUUUUUUUUUAAAAUAUUUUCAACAAACUAGAAAAUAUUGUUUCCCAUUUAUAUUAAUACUAUUAUUGAACUAAACUCAUCGGAAUUGUCAUAGCUAGUCGUUUUGAAUUUAUGGUGGUUUAAAUCCGCACCUUAACAUGAUAAUUGCACAUUUUUACGAAUAAAUAGAACCUUUUGUGAAUUAAAUAUUUGAAGUUUUGUAUUCC